AAAAUCAAACCAAUUUGAUCGCAUUGUUCGUUACCGAGCGAGAGAGAGAGAGAGAGGAAAUUCGAAAUCAUAAGAGAAAGAAAGAUGGCAACGAGAGACAGGGAGCGAGAUCUAGAGCUGUUGAUUCCGGUUAGUGGGAUCGACGAAGCCGAUCAUGGAGCCUCCACUAACUCCAAGUCCUCCACCCCUUCCUCCUCUCCUGCCGCCGUCGCUUCGUCCCAACAUCACUCCGGCAGAGAGGCAUUUUCUAAAGUCAUCCGCAGCUGGGCUUCGAAGAAAUUUAUGACAGGAUGUGUCAUUCUCCUUCCAAUAGCCAUUACAUUCUACGUCACUUGGGGUUUCAUUCAUUUUGUGGAUGGGUUCUUCUCCCCAAUCUAUGAACAUCUUGGGAUCAACAUUUUUGGUCUAGGAUUUGCUACCUCUAUCACUUUUAUCUUCUUAGUUGGUGUUUUCAUGUCCUCAUGGGUGGGGGCCUCCGUUCUUGGGCUUGGCGAAUUAUUCAUUAAGAAAAUGCCACUUGUAAGCUACAUCUAUUCUGCCUCGAAGCAGAUUAGCACAGCAAUAUCGCCAGAUCAGAGCUCUAAGGCCUUCAAAGAAGUAGCCAUCGUAAGGCAUCCGCGAAUCGGGGAAUAUGCAUUUGGAUUCAUCACUUCGACCGUUGUUCUUCAGAGGAGCAUCGGUGAAGAGGAACUUUUCUGUGUUUAUGUACCUUCUAAUCACCUCUAUAUUGGUGAUAUUUUCCUCAUCAGUUCAAAGGAUAUUUUGAGGCCUAAUUUGUCUGUUCGAGAAGGGAUUGAAAUUGUCAUCUCCGGGGGGAUGUCGAUACCUCAAAUAUUGACUAUAGUUGAUGCACAUUCCAUUCGAACUGCUAGAAUUGGAAAUUUAUCAACAUUGAAAGACUAAUGAUAGAUUUGUCGGGCAGUCAAGCUGCUGUUCUCCAUCUCGAUUGGUGGCAUUGAACAAAAGUUUUCAUGGAUGAUAUGGAGGCUUGGAAGUGGCUAAGCACUGAACCGGAACAAAUGGUGCAUUAACUAUCGCAGUGUUAAGCGGGAGAAAAAAUCUGAAUGUGAAGAUGUAUACUUCCUAUGGCUUGAAAUGAGUCUUGGGGGGGCGGCAAUAGGUAUAGUGGCAAUUCCCAUUUGUUUUUGCUGGAGUUUUGUUGUCAUUACCUUUUUCAUUUCAAACAGUAUACUGGUUUUUCAAUCUUGCCUUCUGAAAUGGUGAUCUUACGCCGA